CAGCGGAAAAAAUAACAACCAUGUUAAUGCCACUUACCUUGAACCUAACACCUUUGGAAAAUGGUUAGAGGACCCAAAAAGCAUCUUAAGCGUGUUGCCGCUCCCAGCCACUGGCUUUUGGACAAGCUUUCGGGCACUUACGCCCCCAAGCCUUCUCCUGGUCCCCACAAGGCUCGCGACUGUCUUCCUUUGAUUGUUUUUCUCCGUAACCGUCUCAAGUAUGCCUUGAACGGUCGCGAGGUGAAGGCCAUCUUGAUGCAACGUUUGGUCAAGGUCGACGGUAAGGUCCGCACCGACGCUACCUUCCCUGCUGGUUUCAUGGACGUCAUCAGCAUCGAGAAGACUGGCGAGCACUUCCGUCUCGUCUACGACAUCAAGGGUCGCUUCACCGUCCACCGCAUCACUGCCGAGGAGGCCAAGUACAAGUUGUGCAAGGUCAAGCGCGUCCAACUCGGUGCCAAGGGUGUUCCCUUUGUCGUUACCCACGAUGGCCGUACCAUCCGUUACCCCGACCCUCUUAUCAAGGUCAACGACACCGUCAAGUUGAACUUGGAGAACAACAAGAUUGAGUCUUUCGUCAAGUUCGACACCUCCUCCAUGGUUAUGGUCACUGGUGGUCGUAACAUGGGUCGUGUUGGUGUUGUUACUCACCGUGAGCGUCAUGAGGGUUCCUUCGAGAUUGUUCACAUCAAGGACGCUUUGGACCGUGAGUUUGCUACUCGUUUGUCCAACGUUUUCGUUAUUGGCGAGGCCGGUAAGGCCUGGAUUUCUCUUCCCAAGGGCAAGGGUGUCAAGCUUAGCAUUGCUGAGGAGCGUGACCGCAGACGCGCUCUUAAGGGACUUGCUUAAAAACAUCAAUGUAUCUUCAUUUUCGUGGGCA